AACAUCCCCUUUCUUUGCAUCGCAUCACACUCAAUCACACCGUAAAGGUCAUUAGAGAGAGAGAGAGAGAGAGAGACGAGGAUGGACACCGGAACGCAACCGAGGCCGCAACCACAACCGCCACGCCGACCGCCGACGGAACCACUUCGUCAACAAGGAAAUGGCGAUUUCACGGCAAUUGUCACCGUUCUAUUUGCCUUCAUUGCUAUUGCCUCCCUUGUUUUGAUUCCAUCUUCAUCACCAAACUUGAAGAACAGCUUAACAGUCUUGCAUCAAGUUCCUGAAGGUCAUGUUGGGGUUUACUGGCUAGGGGGUGCCCUUCAAAAGACAACUACAACUCCAGGUUUUCACCUGAAGUUACCUAUCAUUACCCAUUACGAGCCUGUCCAGGUCACCCUUCAGACAGAUCUGGUGAGAGACAUUCCUUGUGGGACAAAAGGGGGUGUUAUGAUAAACUUUGACAGGAUAGAGGUUGUUAAUCGCCUGAAAAAGGAAUCUGUGUAUGACACCCUUCUCAACUAUGGUGUAGAGUAUGACCAUACUUGGAUAUAUGACAAAAUUCAUCAUGAAAUCAAUCAAUUCUGCAGUGUUCACUCCCUUCAAGAAGUUUACAUUGACAUGUUUGAUCAGAUUGAUGAAACAAUGAAAGAUGCUCUUCAAGCUGAUUGUACGCGUUAUGCACCAGGCAUAGAGAUUAUCAGUGUUCGUGUCACAAAGCCUAGAAUUCCAGAAAGUGUAAGGAGAAACUUUGAGCAGAUGGAAGAAGAACGCACCAAGGUGUUGGUAUCGGUAGAAAGGCAGAGGGUUGCUGAGAAAGAGGCGGAAACACAAAAGAAGAUUGCUAUUUCGGAAGCUGAGAAGAAUGCUCAUGUUAGCAAGAUUAUAAUGGAACAGAAAUUAAUGGAAAAAGAUAGUUUGAGGCUGCAAGAAGAAAUUUCAAAUAGAAUGUAUCUUGCCCGAGAAAAGAGUUUGGCUGAUGCCAAAUAUUAUCAGACUAUGAGAGAAGCUGAAGCAAAUAAGCUGAAGCUUACACCCCAAUUCUUGGAGCUUAAAUUCAUUGAGGCAAUCACUAAUAACUCUAAAAUGUUCUUUGGAAACAAGAUACCGAAUAUGGUGUUGGGUCAAAGGUUGCUUGGGAACUUCUUGCAAGAGGUGGAAGGAAGAACCAAUUUGGAAGCAGCAUAGUUUGACUGAGUAUGACUAUGAGGAAGGAGGUUUUGUUACUCUACUUACUUUGAGUAGAAUGAUUCUGUCUGUUUGAUUAUAUAUAAAUUAAUAGAUACUACAAAGAUUCUAGAGAAAACACGAAAAGACCUUUGCGUGAAUCGGUAGAUGUUCAUAUUGGACUUUUGUUUUCUACUUGCACCACGAUUUUAUGAUGGGAAUACCUGUUUGCAA